UUGGACGAUCAGUUGGACGACCAGUUGGACGAUCAGUUGGACGAUCAGUUGGGCGACCAGUUGGACGAUCAGUUGGACGAUCAGUUGGACGAUCAGUUGGACGAUCAGUUGGACGAUCAGUUGGACGAUCAGUUGGACGAUCAGUUGGACGAUCAGUUGGACGAUCAGUUGGUCGAUCAGUUGGACGAUCAGUUGGUCGAUCAGUUGGACGAUCAGUUGGUCGAUCAGUUGGACGAUCAGUUGGACGAUCAGUUGGUCGAUCAGUUGGACGAUCAGUUGGUCGAUCAGUUGGUCGAUCAGUUGGUCGAUCAGUUGGACGAUCAGUUGGUCGAUCAGUUGGACGAUCAGUUGGUCGAUCAGUUGGUCGACCAGUUGGACGAUCAGUUGGACGAUCAGUUGGUCGAUCAGUUGGUCGACCAGUUGAUCUAA